AUGUCUGACGUCGCGGAGACCAAGCCCGACCCCACCACCUCUGCUCCUGAGGCGGCUCAGAAGCCCGAGACCACCGGUGAGGACGAGAAGACGGUGACCGAGACCGCCACUGAAACCGCCACUGAAACCGCCAAGGACGCCGCCGACACUGUUAAGGACGCCGCCGCCAAGACGUCCGACAGCGUGUUUUCCAUGUUCGGCGGCGGUCCCAAAAAGGAGAAGAAGGAGGAUGAGCCUGAGGAGGCUGACGAGCCCUCUGGAUCUUCCAAGGCCCAGGAGAAGAAGGGCGAGGAUGAUGAGGCCCCCGAAUCUCCCGACGUUCACUUCGAGCCCGUGAUCCGCCUGACGGAGAAGGUGGAGACCAAGACCAACGAGGAGCUCGAGGAGCAGGCGUUCAAGAUGCGCGCCAAGCUGUUCAAGUUCGACCGCGAGAGCAAGGAGUGGAAGGAGCGUGGCACUGGUGACGUGCGCUUGCUGAAGCACAAGGAGAACCUCAAGACCCGUCUUGUCAUGCGUCGCGACAAGACCCUCAAGGUCUGCGCCAACCACUACAUUGUUCCCGACAUGAAGUUGAGCCCCAACGUCGGCAGUGACCGCAGCUGGGUGUGGAACGCGGCCGCCGAUGUCAGUGAGGGUGAGCCCGAGGCGCAGACUCUGGCCAUCCGCUUUGCCAACAGCGAGAACGCCAACCUCUUCAAGGAGGCGUUCGAGAAGGCCCAGCAGGAGAACGAGAAGCUCUUCGCUGAGGAGUAA